AUGUCAAAACCAAUUAAAGUAUUUAUGAUUAAUGGAAGUCCAAGAGAAAAAGGAAACACUUUUACUAUGUUGAGUUGGGUAAAAGAAGGAUUAGAAAAAGAAGAUAUUGAAGUAUAAAUUUAUCAACUUGGAAAGAAAGAGAUUAAACCUUGUGUUGCAUGUUAUGCAUGUCAAAAAACUGGAAAGUGUUGGAAAGAUGAUCCAGUCAUGGAUGAGUUGCUUCAGAAAAUAAUUGAAGCAGAUGGAAUAAUUAUUGGAAGUCCAACAUAUUAUGCAGACGUUCCAGGAGUUGUCAAGACAUUCAUUGAUAGAACUCAACCAAUUUAUUACAACAAAGAAACUCUUAGAAGAAAAGUUGCAGCUGCAGUUGUUAUGGCAAGAAGAGGAGGAGCUAUUCAUGUUUAUGAUACAAUAAACCAUUGGUUUGGAAUUAAUCAAAUGAUUACUAUUGGAUCAAGUUAUUGGAAUGAUGGAUAUAACCCAAAUGUUAUAGACCAACAUGAAGUUGAAAAGGAUGAAGAAGCUAAAAGCACCAUGAAGAAUUUAGCAGAGAAUAUGGCAUUUGUUCUUAAGAGGAUAGUAAAAAGUAAUUGA